UUCUAUUCGAUAUCGAAUCGAUAAAAGGAGAAAAAUUGUACGUUUAUCAACUUCAAGGCAGUCAAAAAUCGAUACGAAGUAACGAAUAAAGAAACGAUAUGAAAAUUAAUUCAGAUAAAUUAAUUGUUUCACGUUUUGUAUAAGUUUUAUCAAGAAUAUUAGAAUGGACAAGGAAAAAUAAUAAUGAUAAAAAAAAGAAAAGAAAAAUAAAAUAAAACAGUUACAAAAAAGUUCAAUCGAUUGUAUGCAAGCUAUGCAAGUUUUGCAACCGAGUGCAAUAAAAUAAAGUAAGGAAAAGAAUGUAGCCGAAUAAUUUCCUUUUCCAGGAUCAUCGAAUACAACUGCGUCAUUAACGAUCCAACGAUUAUAACGUAUCUCUGAUAAAAUUUUGAAACCUUCUUGCUCUGCCAAUAAUUGAUUAUAACCCGACGUGAAUAUACCGCCAACCAUUGGUAAUUUCAUAGUUCUUCCUGCAUGUAUAAAUGCACGUAACAAUGCCGAUUCAAUCCCUUUAUUUUUAUAAGUUGGAUGAACACAAAGUAUAUAUAUGCGAAAGUAAACGUCUUGUUUGAAUUUAACGUAAACAUCGGAUUGUUUCGUAACCUCGUUUAUUAGAAACAUAAUAUCUUGUAAGGAUUCACCUAUAAGAAUCAACUGAUAUUUUGUCUUUUAAUAAUUCAAUGGAUUUACACAUUGGUUCCUCGCGAAAAUAAUGAUGCUGUUGUAAAGUGAUAAAGUCAAUAGGAGAUGAUUGAAGGAGAGUUGAAGGAGAAAAUAAAGACAGAGAGAGAGAGAGAGAGAGAGAGAGAGAGAGAAGGAAAAUAAACGGAUAUAACGAGACAAGAUUAAAAAGAUUUCUUCGAGAAGGAACCAAUGAGUAUAGGUAUCGAUUUUUCGAACGAUCUGAUGUCAAUGAGAACCUCUAUUAAAAUGAUAUACAAAAAAUUGUCGGAGAAGCAAAGUUAUUGCGCCGUUCAAGAAGGCGAAAAUAAGAUCAUAGGUAUUAUCGUAGCGUCGAUUAAUUUUAUGGGAGAUCACGUACGAACGGAAACACGUAUAAGAGCUAAUCAAGGAGAUGCAAUCUUUAAUAUAAUGAGUCUUAGGAGUUGCGUUUUUUCGAAAGCACGUCCUUAUGAGGUAUUACAAAUUGAUAAAUAUUUUCGUAUACAUUUAUUAUUUGUACAUGCGAAUCAUCGGAAAAAAGGUAUUGCAACCGCUUUGAUUAAUUGUUGCAUCGAACGAGCAAGAACUCUUUUAAUGCCUGCUUGCAUAGGGGGAUUUAGUUCCAUUAUUAGUCAAAAUAUGGCACGUAAAUUGGGAUUUAAUUUACUCGCCGAAGUACAGUACAAAGAUUUUAAGGUAUACAACGACGAUACGAAAUCUUUCGAAUAUCCAUUCGAGGAUUCUAAUGAUCCAAAUAAAUCAUUGGCUUGUAUGGCUCUAUCGAUCGCGUUACCAAUAAAUCAUUUAUGACAUUAUUAACGUCGAUGGAUUUUUCUCGAAGGAGGAAAUAAAAAAUGCUUGGAAAAACAAAAAAAUCGAAAAAAGAAAAAGGCACGUAAAGAUAAUAUAAUUAUUUCGUAAUGA